AGAGAGAGAGAGAGAAGGAUACGCCGAGGGGGUCGGGGGAGUGAAGCUUAACGCAUGUGCACAGGGCGCCUCGCGUCGCGGCGCUCCGGUUCGGAGGCUGCGAAACCGAGCGGGCGGAAUUCGCGGAUCAGAGUCGUCGCAUCUCUCGCUUAAGAUAUACAUCACCGUCCGCGGCACCGUCCGCGGCUUUCCAUGGGUAUCGGCGAGCGCAGAGUCACCGUCCCGACGCUGGCUGACACGCACCGAGCGCCGACCGCGAGGACCGCCGUUCCUGGACGACGGGAUGUUGGGUCGUACGGAAUUCGUCCGGUGACGAAUGAUACCGCUCGGGAUCACUACGGGUUCUUCUUCUCGUGCGACGAGACGCGAGUACACGUGCGGUACGCCCUCGAGUGCGACGGCGAGUUCGAGUCCGAGGAAACUCUUGGACGAUCGGCGAGUUCCAGUUAACAAAUCCUGAAGGAUCGGCGUUUUAUUUUUGGCUCUCCGGUAUUAUCUUCCGAAGGAAACAGUCACUUCCGGGAUCAUAUACAGAGCUUUAGCUCGCGCUGAAGCUGUGUAUGUUAACGAGAACGUCGUUUGAGGCUGGAGAGAAGCUCUGUCGCGAGAAGCUCCUUGUAAAGAGAAACAUUUUCAACCGCUUCAUCGUCGGUUCUCGUGUGUAAUAUCUUGAUAAGAAGGAAUAUUUAUAAUAAAAAAAAAAAAAGAAAUUCUUGUGAUUUGGAAAGCGAGGCUGGACUUUGCGCUGGUACAAGAAAAUCUCGUUCUAGAACUGCGUUUUGCAUUGGCAGAUUUCGAACAUUGGUAGAUCUUGUUGAUCAAUGUUAAAUCGCAGCUCGUCGAAGACAGUCGAUCUCGCGCUGCUCUUGCUAUCCUGAAAAAGUUCAAGUCGGAGCAAUCCAGAUCUUCGUCGGCGAUUUCAUCCGAGUAGAAAGGUGCGUGGAUAAUUUUGGAUGAUCUGAUCCGCUUCAUGUUGCGCUAAACCGAUCGCUCGCUUAUUUUUUAUCGUUCUUCAUCAGCACGCGCAGCUCCGUCAGCUGAUCACUUCGCAGAAUCUCCUUGUAAGACAAUCCAAGACUCGUCGUCGAAGAAUCACCGGUGAACCGAGUGUGGACCGAGAGAAAACUCGUGCGCGACUUCUGUCUCUUCGAGUUCGCGUAGAACCGUUCGCGAAGAUCCUCGCGAGGGCAAAGUGAGAACAGGGUGAUGGUGAAUGGACUCACAUGGUUCCUCUAUCCGAUAGACAGUGAGUCUGUCCGAAGGACACAUGGUUCGUCGACGGUGUUGGGUUUUUCCGAUCCCACGCAGUUUCCCGUCGUACCUGGCUCGGUGACUGUCGGCGAAUUCGUACGCUCUUCGUGGACAAGGACUCCCGAGAAGGUGGUGCGCGAAGGGAAGUUCCAGCCACGACGGGGCCCAGCGCCGGGGCGGAGACAAGGCCCCCGGUGCAGGGAAGAGGCGAAACAGGGGAAGAAGUCGAGUUUAGCGUAGCAGCAACGGCCCUGAAACUACAGGGGAGAGCAACUACCCCCUUGAACAGGGGGGAACCUAGGAGGCGACCUCGCCGACGGAGGCGACGGAAAAAGAAGCGACGGAGGUGCGGCGUAACUUCGAUUGUAGGGUGGAAAGAGGAACGAAACGGGUCUGGAGUGGCUUGGCGCUUUGAACGAAGGUGUCACACCAGGGUAGAAGAAGGACUUUGAUUACAUCUUCCGCCACCAUCUCGUAUACGCGGUAUACUCUCCCCUCUCUUCGCUAAUUAAAGGUUCUGUAGUGCUCCAGUUUAUAAUUUUAUCGGUAGUGAGCUCAGUGUGAUAAAAAGUCAAAUGAUGUACACAUUUGAUCCACGAUAAUGAUAAUUUGAUAUAAAUAUAUAUAUAUAUAUAUAUAUAUAUAUAUAUAUAUAUACAUACGUGUGCUUGUGCUGUCCAAGAGAGUGCGUGAGAAUUGAGUGAGAAAAAAAGUAAAAGAUUCGCGGAGAGAAAUGCAAUUUUGUAGUGAUAAAUCUGUAUCUAUGUAAAGACGUGUGUCAGUGUGUCCGCACGCAAGAGUACAAAACAAAAUAAAUAUACGAAGAGAAAGAGACAGAGAGAAAGAAGAAAAAUCAUAUAAAUCAACCGAGGAUAACCAAAGGAAAGCCCGUCAGCAACGUAGAAAAGUGACAUUAGCAGGUGAGACAGGUGGGACAGUAGCAUGAGUUCGUACUUCGCGAAUUCGUAUAUCCCGGACCUGCGAAAUGGCGGGGUGGAACACCCGCAUCAGCAUCAGCAGCACUAUGGUGCGGCCGUACAGGUACCUCAGCAAACGCAGUCGGUUCAGCAGCAGUCCCAGCAAGCCGGCGAUCCCUGCGACCCGAGUUUGUUACGUCAAGGAGUAUCCGCCCACCAUUAUGGAUCUACGGGAGGUCAGCAGGACAUGCCUUAUCCGAGGUUUCCCCCGUACAAUCGGAUCGACAUGCGGAACGCGGCCUAUUAUCAGCAUCAGCAGGAACACGGAAGUAUGGACGGCAUGGCUGGUUACAGGUCGACGUCCCCGAAUCCCGGUAUGGGUCACAUGGGACAUACGCCAACUCCCAACGGACAUCCGUCCACCCCCAUCGUCUACGCCAGUUGCAAACUUCAGGCGGCUGCUGUCGAUCAUCAGGGCAGCGUUCUCGACGGACCGGACAGUCCUCCUCUCGUCGAAUCGCAGAUGCAUCACCAAAUGCACAGUCAGCAGCAUCCGCAUAUGCAGACGCAACCGUCGCAGCAUCCACAGCAGCAACAAUCGCAACAUCAGCAUUUACAAGCGCAACAACAACAUAUGAUGUAUCAACAGCAACAAUCUCAAACCACGUCGCAACAGGGACAAAGCGGAAUGCAUCCGCAGCAGCAGCAGCAAGCCCAACAGCAUCAAGGUGUCGUUGCGUCGUCACUCAGUCAACAACAGCAAGGCACGCCUCAGGGUGCGGCAAGCUCGAACUUACCAAGCCCACUCUACCCUUGGAUGAGGAGUCAAUUUGAGAGGAAGAGAGGCCGGCAAACAUAUACACGAUACCAAACGUUAGAAUUGGAAAAGGAAUUUCAUUUCAACCGAUAUCUCACUAGACGGCGACGUAUCGAGAUCGCACACGCGCUAUGUCUGACGGAACGACAGAUAAAGAUCUGGUUUCAAAACAGACGAAUGAAGUGGAAGAAGGAGAACAAGACGAAAGGCGAGCCAGGCUCGGGCGAUGGCGACACUGAAAUCUCACCACAGACGUCGCCGCAGGGUUGAAAGAGCUCCGAGGAGUGGAACUUCCUUUCCAUCUCUCUCAGGGUCGUUUAUACCUUGUUUCCAGCUACUACCUCCUUCCCACCCAAACCUGAAUCCUCAUCAAUGACCUCCAAAUAAUCCCUGUAAGCAAUGACGCUUAUUUUGUCGUGUUAAUCAUGUUGCUUGUACCAAAAAAAAUCGGAGCAGAUAAGAGGCGAGGAAGUCAUAGAAGGACCCGUAAAACGCGCUCGAUGACGAAUAGACGAAGAAGAAGAGAAAAAGCAAAAUGAAAGAAACGAAGACGAAGAAAUAAACGAGUCAGCAGAAGAUUUGCGAAAAUAAGCAAGCAUGUUGUGGAUCAAGAUUUUUAAUCAAGAAGAGGAAAAGGAAAACAAAACUGGAUCACAUGCUAAUCAGAACCGCGUUAACCUCUAUCGAAUAAUUGUACUAAAAAAACCUAUAUAUAUACAUAUAUACAUAUAUAUAUAUAUAUAUAAAUA